AUGCGUUUCUCGCAAUCGCUCGCGGUUGGCACUUUUUGCCUCACCACAUUCGUUAACGCGUCGCCAGUCAUUUCCCCUCGAGGCAUCGUUUACAACAGCCAAGGAUGCUUCACAGAUGAUUCAUAUGGUGGGAAAACUCUUUCGGGAAAAUCGGGUCAAAGCCCUGCGAUGACAAUUGAAAAAUGUGCCAUUUAUUGUAAUGGAUAUUCAUUUUUCGGUGUCGAAAACUGCAAACAGUGUUAUUGUGGCAAUAGCAUUCGCAGGGGAACUACUGUCGCGCCCGGCGAGGAAUGCAAUAGCAAGUGCAGUGGUAAUCACAAUCAGAAAUGUGGUGGUGUAAAAAGAUUGAACGUGUAUUCGCUUGGUACAAGCGUGCCUUCUCCGCCAGGUCCACCAGGCCAAAAUGGCAGCCCUGGAGAGCAGGGCAGCAAAGGCGACGCAGGCGAAAGUGGACCGGAGGGACCUCCAGGCCCGCAGGGUAUUCAAGGAACCCAGGGACCUCCUGGUAUUGGAAUUCAGGGCAUCCAAGGACCUCAAGGCGUUCAGGGGAAUACUGGCGAAAAGGGAGAUCCUGGGAAUGAUGGCCAGGACGGGGCGCCGGGCAACGACGGAAACGAUGGAGCACCUGGCGACGAUGGAGCACCAGGUCAAAAUGGGUUAAACGGCCAGGAUGGAGGGCAAGGCCCGACUGGUCCAGCAGGUCCUCCCGGAUCGAACGGCAGUCCGGGAUCGCCAGGCAGUACUGGGCCUAUCGGCCCCGUUGGACCUAUCGGCCCCAUUGGACCUCUGGGCCCUAUUGGACCUAUUGGCCCCAACGGAGCUACUGGUCAAACUGGACCACCAGGAGCGAUCGGUCCAAUUGGCCCUAUCGGCCCACCUGGACCGAAGGGAGAUAAGGGUUGUGCAGGUGGUAGUACGAUUCUCAGUCCCGGAUUUGAGGCCCUCUCAGAUUCAUGGAAAGUUGUUGACAAUCCUUCAAAUCUUGGCCCAACAUACAACUUCGCGGAUACUAGCAGUGCACUUAACGGCUUACGGUCUGGGUCCAUAACCUUCGACCAGGUAUCAUAUAACGCCAGGUUUUAUGCACCUAUUACUGUGUGUCCAAAUACGCUAUAUCAAUUCACGGUGCAAACCGUCGGUGAUCUCAAAGCUAUUCCAGCUGGUGGUCAAAACCCCGAUAACGAUCCAGAUUGCUAUAUUAUAUAUUACAUCGGCAUUGGCACAACCGGCAGUGGUGGUUUAUACACUGUCGCAGCUACAACUCCCUCUUUCCUUUGGAACGUUGGAUGGCUAAUAACAGCUGGAGGUUUCGAUUCUAGUGCUUUCCCUAACAAUCAGAAUCUUCUCCUCACCGUGGAACUGACAUGCGAUUAUAACCCUAACACGCGUGGGCCUCCCAUAGGCACGGUUCGAUGGGAUGACUUCUCGUUGACCCCCAUCCCGAACUAG